AUGUCGUUUUUUUUUCCCUCGGAGAAAAGAUGCGUGCGCAGGACUUCCUUUCUCUAUACUUCGUUGAAUGUAGAAUCCCAACAGCAAUCUCUAAAUAUCUCAUAUAAAUAUAUUUUGCUUUCCUUCCUUGUUUUUCUUUUUCCUUUUUUUCUUUGUUUUUUCUUUUUCAUUUUCUUCCUCUUUUUUCUUUUUCUUUUCCUUCCUUGUUUUUUUUACUUUUUUUCCUUUCUUUUUCUUUUUUUCUUUCUUUGUUUCUUUUUUUUCCUUUCUUUGUUUCUUCUUUUUCAUUUCCUUCCUCUCUUUUCUUUUUCCUUUCCUUUCUUGUUUUUCUUUUCCCUUUCCGUGCUUAUUUUUCUUUUUUAUUUAUUUUUUUAUUUUUUCUCUUUUCUUUCUUUCUUUAUUUUUCUUUUUCUUUUCCUUUCUUAUUUUCUUGUCUUACGUCUUCGUUUCUCUUGCCAAUACCAUUUUUUUAAAUUUUUCCUUUCCUCACUUGUUUUGUCUUUUUCUUUUCCUCCCUUCUUUUUCUUUUCUUUCUUUUAUCCCUUUUCUCGUUUCUUUCUUGCUUCUUCUUUUUCUCUUUUUCUUUCUCACUUUUUAUAUCAUUUCUUCCUUUACUUAAUUCCUUUCUUUUUUUUUGUUACUUUUCAUUUCUUUCUUUCAUUUUUCUUUUAA